CGAUGAAGAGGGCUAGUUGCCUUUACUUGAUUAAAUCUUGAUUCUAUCAAAUAAUACCGACGUUUAAUCAUUUGUAAAACAUCUCCGUGGUUAGAAAACUGUUUUGUUAUCCAACUUACUUGUAUAUCUUGGACGCCCUGUUGUUGUCAGGCAGGAAUCACCUAAAAUAAGCAAAGACACCCAGCGAAUGCCAGACUGAGAAAGAAAGAGAAGCGAUGUUCGAGCUGCCGACCCACUGAGCUCUCGGAGAGAAGACAUCUGAUGAAAAAUUACUGCAACGUUACAGAUUCUGGCAUGGAAGACAAGGCAAAUGGCUCUGUUGACACCAAAAGCCCAGUGGAGAACGGCCAGCUGCCGGACCCUGCCAACUGGGGGGUCGCUGACGUCGUAAAUUACUUCAAAGCAACAGGGUUCGAGGAGCAAGCCACUGCUUUUCAGGAUCAGGAAAUCGAUGGCAAGUCCCUGCUGCUAAUGACGCGUAACGACGUCCUGACGGGACUGUCGAUAAAACUCGGCCCUGCGCUGAAAAUCUAUGAGUAUCACGUGAAGCCGCUGCAAACUCAACACCUCAAGAGCAACGCCUCGUAGCACCGCAGGCCAGCCCAACACCCACCUCAAAGACAAUCAUCGUGUCAGAAGACGUCAGGUUAGCUGCCACUUCACAAAGACUCGUCUGGCCACAGUGACACCUUAACAGAUUUUGAAUGCUGUAUGAUUUUAUAAGCGUCGACUCCAAAAAUGGGUUUCACAUGGAGCACACUGUUUAUUCUUUCAUCCAUUCUUAUUUCUCCUGCUUGAGAUAUUGUAUGUAUUUUAUUUGUGUGUGUGUGUUAUUUGAAUGAAGGCAAUUUUGGGCAACUACUGUGCAGGUAUGAUUUGAUUUUUGUGAGUGUGUGUCAGUAAAUGUGUUUGCGCUUGUGUGCAAAGUGAAUUUAACCCAUGCUGGUUUUAAAAAACUAAAAGGUAUUUGUAUAUAAGAUGAUAUAUAGUUGAAAAAUGUUGUUGUACCUGAACACUUUGAUACAUGCAGAAAAUGAUUCUGGCACGUCCCGUUUUGCCGUGAAAUAAUUUUUUAUGCUCUAAACUGUGCAGCUGAGUCCAUGAAACGUCCUCAGCAUGUCACAACGAAGCAUUUUGUCCCUGAAACAAGGAGCCAAACAAAAGCCUAUUUGCUCCUGCAAACCUUUAUUAUCUAGGCAUGAGGCCUAUGUAUAUAUUCCUUUGUUUCCUACCUGUUGUGCUUUCCGAAUUGCUGCCAAGACAACUGUAUUGAAGUGUGUAUGACCAAUGUAUAUGUGCAACAUAACACUGGAAUUUGAAUAUCUGAAUCAAAGAUUUGCAAUAAAUGGUGCUCUUUUCUCACAAUAGAACAA